AUGUCAUCCGUCAUGCAUUACUAUCCAGUGCACCAGCCCAAGAUGAACACAUAUUCAGCGCCCAUGGUCAAGUACAGCAAUCUCCUGUAUGGCCAUCAUCACAAUACGUCGCCAGUUACGAUGCAGUCAGUUCCAGCCGUGACAGUGCCUACCUACCAGCCGCCCACUACGCUGCCUCAGUCUUUGGGCGAGCAGCCUGGCCAGCAACUCUCCUCCGAUGAGAAUAUGCCGCUUCAGCCAGCGCAGGAGCAGCGCGUCAAGCUGAAGCGUUCGCGCACCGCCUUUACCAGUGUCCAACUGGUGGAGCUUGAGAACGAGUUCAAGAGCAACAUGUAUUUGUAUAGAACACGCCGCAUCGAGAUCGCGCAACGUCUGUCGCUGUGUGAGCGGCAGGUGAAGAUCUGGUUCCAGAAUCGGCGUAUGAAGUUCAAGAAGGACAUUCAGGGUCAUCGCCAGCGUGACUCUAAGCCCAAUGCCAAGCUGUCGCAGCCGCAAACGGAGCAGAGUGCUCACCGGGGCAUUGUGCAGCGCCUCAUGUCCUACUCCCAGGAUCCGAGUGCCGAGAAGCGGUCAGUUCUCCUGACUCCACCUGCUAUGCCAGCUACACUGCCAAAUCCGGGGCAGAACUUCUAUGUACCGGCCAAGCCUAAGCAAAAGCCCCAGUCGAUGGCCAGUGGCACAUCUGACCUCAACGAAAUUCUAGAACACCUCGCUCAGUCGACAGCGACACCCGCUUCGAAUGUGCCAGCUACGAGCUCUGCUUCCAGUGGGCACUAUUCCUACAAUGUGGACCUGGUGCUGCAAAGCAUCAAGCAGGAUUUGGAAGCAGCAGCGCAGGCAUGGUCCGUAUCCAAUCCAGCGCAGAGCAGACAGCAUACCAACGAAUCCCAUGCCCCCUCCUCGAUCUCUAUGAAUCUGUCGUGGGGCGAGCCCGUGGCCAAGUCGAGAAAAUUGAGCGUCUCCCACAUAAAUCCCUGCACAUAUGACUAUCAGAAUUGA